UUGUACUAAGAAAGAACUAAAUAUUGUUUGCUAUGGUCUAAUCCUAAUUAAUUACCAUACCCAAGUUAUAAGAAAUCUGGCAUCUUGGUAAUAUUGUGUCAGUUUGGUUACACUACAUUUCCAUAAAUAUCCUUUCUAAGAUAAUACAAAGAAAUGGCCGAUCAUGUACAUGAAACCAAUAAUGCUCAAAAAGAAGAAGAAAACGAAACACCCCGUAUAAAUAACUAUGCCCACAAAUUUCUUGCUGACUUGGAUGAGGAACGUGAACGUCUGGGUGCCGAAUUUCCAUUGUGUGCUUUAUUAAUUGAUGAAGCAUUUGAAAGAGUUUACUCUACAGGACGUAUACCAGGAAGAGAAUAUUAUGCAGAUGUAUACCAACAAAAACCCAUUAAAGUCACACAGAAAGUAUUCGUUCCUGUGAAGCAAUUUCCAAAGUUCAAUUUCACUGGAAAAAUUCUUGGGCCUAAAGGAAAUUCCUUGAGACGAUUACAAGAAGAAACUCAGUGUAAAAUUGUAAUCAAAGGAAGGAAUUCAAUAAGAGAUCGUACCAAGGAGGAAGAAAUGCGUGAAUCAGGAGAUCCACGUUUUGCCCAUUUGAACCGAAGUUUAUAUGUUGAAAUUAGUACAAUAGCGCCACCAGCGGAAUGUUAUGCCCGUAUUGCAUACGCUUUAGCAGAGAUCCGAAAGUACCUUGUCCCAGAUAAAAACGAUGAUGUUUCACACGAGCAACUAUUAGAAUUAAUGGAAAUAGAUCCUAAGUCCGCAAAACAGUAUUCGAAGUCUAUCCUCGAUAAAAAGAUGAUGACUGGUCCCAGUUCAUCUAAAUUUAUGAAUAUUGCACGCCAGGAGCAACAGGGAAUGUACCAAAAUGAAUCGGAUGAGGAAGUUUACGAAGCAAAAGUACAUAGUUAUGGGUAUGUUAGGGGCAAAAUAUAAAAUAAUUUAAAGUUAUCCCAUCAACAGCACCUUAUAAACGUCCACCCACCACCAUAUAUGGAACUGAAUUAAAACGUACACGCGACACAUCUAUUAAAUCAUAUAAACCACCAUCAUUUGGAAUAAUUAAGAAAUAUAAAUGAAGUGUCUUAAUAAUAUAAUGUUUAUAAAAUGUGUUGCAAAACUCCAAUUUCAUAACCAUAACAUAUAAUUAUAUAAUACGAGCAUAUAU